AUGGCUGACAUGGACGUUGAUCAAACCGUUGUGACGACCAAGAAAGAGGGCAAAGCAAAGGAAGGCAAGCAAAGAUUCGAAGUUAAGAAGUGGAACGCGGUCGCCUUGUGGGCGUGGGACAUCGUCGUGGACAACUGCGCCAUCUGCAGGAACCAUAUCAUGGAUCUGUGCAUCGAUUGUCAAGCCAAUCAAGUCUCUGCUACCAGCGAAGAGUGCAAUGCUGCAUGGGGAAUCUGCAACCACGCCUUCCACUUCCACUGCAUUUCUCGGUGGCUCAAGACAAGGAACGUCUGUCCGUUGGACAAUAGGGAGUGGGAACUCCAGAAAUAUGGACGCUAG